AUGGCCAAAAAACAUAAGGGCACAUUAGCUGUGAUUGAGCAGAUAUACCAAGAUAUUCCAGCUUUCACAGACAUUUUCACUGAGGAGUCUUUUUAUAUGUUUGCAUUUUGUUUUGUUUGCGCUACUAUUUUGGUAGCAUUCAUAUUAUCAAGAUUUAUUACUAUAAAGCCAGUUGAACUUUAAAAUAAACGAAUAUGUUUUUGUUUUUUUGUUUUGUUAUGUGCAGAAAAAUCAUCCGCUUUGGGGAGAAUUCUCAGAGCUAGUACGUCAUGAAAUACUACAUUUGCAACAUUUAAUUUUAUUUCUACUAUGAAAAAGUUUAUAUUUUAAAGCUCUCCGCCUUUCGAUAUAAAACUGCAAAGUAAAAAAAAAAACAACGAAAUGCACACUACAAAUUAGAAGAAAAAGUUGGCAUAAACGCACUUUAAAAUAAUAAAUAAUGGACUAAUUUCAUAUUUGUAUUCUUAUUUUUACAAAUUGCUUUAGCUUACUUUGCGCCACAUGUUAAAUUCAAAAAAGAAUACUAGUACAUGUACAAAUAGUCAGUGAUUAAAUACUAAGUAUAACGACCCCCUUGGUAAUUAGUAGAUUUUUUGUUAAUUAUUUUCAAGUAUUUUUAAUAGUUCUGUUCACGUUCUUUUCACAUUGUUACAAUUUACACAAACUAUUACGUUAUGAUGUUUUCGUACGCCAAGGAGGGGAAAUUGAAAGCGCAAAGCGGCAUUUUGAUUAUGUAGCAAUUUGCCAGAAUUUUUAUGAAAUGUAUUCAAUAUUUCGAAUGAUAAAUACGUUCGCAAGCAAUAAAAAUCAAGAGCAUAUACCAUAUAAUCUUCCAAAA